AUGCGCCUCCCUGGUAUCGUUCGUGAACACCCUCAGCUGCUCAAGGACGAGGAGGGCGGCGGCGGCGGCGGCGAGGAGCCCAUGGCCGCGCAGGACGACGCGGCGGCGGCGGCCGACGACGGCGGCGCAGCGGCGGCGGCGGCGGAGGGCGAGGGCGGCGGCGGCGGCGACGGGGACGGGGCGGCGCCGAUGGAGUCGUGA